GCUCGCUCCCAACUCCUCCCCCCUAUCCCACCCCACCCCACCCCUCGGCAAGGCAAGUAAUGGUGAGCACGCGAAGUCAAAGGAGGCGGGGGGGGGAGGAGAGAGAGAAAAUCCCCCGCGUGUAGCUGGCGCGCGUGUGACUGAGAGACCAAACGGCAGUCGGGGUUUAGCUGCAGUGCCACAGCGGAGUCAGACUUCUUGGUAAACCACCCCCCGAGUGCCUACAGGUCCAGGAGGCUGGGGAAAGACUUGCCGGUGGUGUUGCGUGCAGCAUCCCAUCCUUCGCUCUCCUUCCCCUGGACGGUUCUUUGCAAACCUCCCUUUGGAUCUCUUCCUGCGGAAGGUGGUUGUUGCUGUUUUCAACAGGAACCCGUAGGCUGGUUCUCUUCAGAUCUUUCUGUUUUUCUGGUAUAAGCUUAUCCAUUCAUGGGGCUGAAAAGUGUGUACAGAUCUACCAAAGGAGAAGUGCAGCAAGCCAUAAGUUAUCACAGUGUGUGGUUAGGCAUUCUUCAUUCCCACAAGCCAGAAGGCCAAUAAAAAUGGAGGCCUCAUCUUCUGGAUCUAUUAUAUUACCAGCUCCAACUGGAAAAACCAUAACUCAUCAGCCAGUAGCCAAGGACGUCAAUAUUUUCUUUGAUGAGUUAGAAGGAGUAACUAGCCCUUCCAAAGAUGAUGAUUCUUUGCUUCACCAUGGCAACCUAACUAGUACUUCAGAUGACACCAGCAGACUGGAGGCAGUGGGAGAGGGAAUACAGGAAAAAAAUAAGUCUAAUGGACUCUAUUUUAGAGAUGGAAAAUGUCGGAUUGACUAUAUUUUGGUAUAUAGAAAAUCCAACCUACAAACUGAUAAAAGAGAAGUGUUUGAAAGAAAUAUCAGAGCAGAAGGGUUGCAAAUGGAAAAAGAGUCAUCUUUAUCAAACAGUGAUAUCAUCUUUGUGAAGCUGCAUGCUCCAUGGGAAGUGCUUGGAAAAUAUGCUGAACUUAUGAAUGUAAGAAUGCCUUUCAGGCCCUUUAACCCCUUCACUGCUGGAGCCCCCUGCAUACUGGUGCCCUGCUGUUUUUUAAAUGGACAAUACUUUGAAAACAAUGGAAGGUCGAGAAGAUCCAGGAGAAAAAUCUAUUACCUGCAUCGACGAUACAAGUUCCUGAACAGAAUCGAGAAACAAUUAAGCAGGUUUCGAGGAUGGCUACCUAGAAAGCCAAUGAGGCUGGACAAAGAAAGACUUCCGGACCUGGAGGAGAAUGACUGCUACACUGCCCCAUUCAGUCAGCAAAGAAUCCAUCACUUCAUCAUCCACAACAAAGACACUUUCUUCAGCAAUGCUACAAGAACUAGGAUUGUUCAUCAUAUUUUACAGAGAGUAAAAUACGAAGAAGGGAAAAACAAAAUAGGUCUGAAUCGAUUGCUUACUAAUGGCUCCUAUGAAGCUGCAUUUCCUCUUCAUGAGGGUAGUUUCAGAAGUAAAAAGUCCAUAAGAACCCAUGGGGCAGAAAACCACAGGCAUCUGCUUUAUGAGUGCUGGGCAUCGUGGGGAGCUUGGUAUAAAUACCAGCCUUUGGAUCUUGUACGACGGUAUUUUGGUGAGAAAAUUGGCUUGUACUUUGCCUGGUUAGGCUGGUACACAGGAAUGCUCUUUCCAGCUGCUUUCAUUGGACUGUUUGUCUUUUUAUAUGGAGUCGCCACACUGAACCACUGCCAAGUCAGUAAAGAAGUCUGCCAAGCUACAGACAUUAUCAUGUGUCCUAUAUGUGAUAAAUACUGCCCCUUCAUGAAGCUGUCAGAUAGCUGUGUUUAUGCCAAGGUAACACAUCUUUUUGACAAUGGAGCUACAGUCUUUUUUGCUGUUUUCAUGGCAGUGUGGGCAACUGUUUUCCUGGAAUUUUGGAAGAGAAGACGAGCAGUAAUUGCCUAUGACUGGGAUUUGAUAGACUGGGAAGAGGAGGAGGAAGAAAUACGGCCUCAGUUUGAAGCCAAAUAUUCCAAGAAAGAGCGAAUGAAUCCCAUAUCUGGAAAACCAGAGCCUUAUCAAGCAUUUGCAGACAAGUGCAGCAGAAUUAUUGUUUCUGCAUCUGGAAUAUUUUUUAUGAUAUGUGUGGUGAUUGCUGCUGUUUUUGGCAUUGUUAUUUACCGAGUUGUGACGGUUAGCACUUUUGCUGCCUUUAAGUGGGCUUUAAUCAGGAAUAACUCUCAGGUUGCAACGACAGGGACUGCAGUCUGCAUCAACUUUUGCAUCAUCAUGCUAUUGAAUGUCUUGUAUGAAAAGGUUGCUCUUUUUCUUACAAAUUUAGAGCAGCCUCGUACUGAGUCUGAGUGGGAGAACAGCUUCACUUUGAAAAUGUUCCUUUUCCAAUUUGUCAAUCUGAACAGCUCUACCUUUUAUAUAGCAUUCUUCCUUGGAAGAUUUACAGGUCACCCUGGUGCCUACUUGAGGCUAAUAAACAGAUGGAGACUAGAAGAGUGCCACCCUAGUGGAUGCCUUAUAGAUCUCUGUAUGCAAAUGAGUAUCAUAAUGGUGCUAAAGCAGACUUGGAACAACUUCAUGGAAUUGGGCUAUCCGUUAAUUCAAAAUUGGUGGACCAGAAGAAGAGUGCGACAUGAGCAUGGCUCCCAGCGAAAAACAGCCUUCCCACAAUGGGAGAAAGACUACAACCUUCAGCCUAUGAAUGCCUACGGACUCUUUGAUGAAUACCUAGAAAUGAUUCUUCAGUUUGGAUUCACAACUAUAUUUGUGGCAGCUUUUCCACUUGCUCCACUUCUGGCUUUACUAAACAAUAUUAUUGAAAUCCGUCUUGAUGCAUACAAAUUUGUCACACAGUGGAGACGGCCAUUAGCUUCAAGAGCCAAAGAUAUAGGAAUCUGGUAUGGAAUUCUAGAAGGCAUUGGAAUUCUUUCUGUUAUUACAAAUGCAUUUGUCAUAGCUGUAACUUCGGAUUUUAUCCCCCGGCUUGUUUAUGCUUACAAAUAUGGACCAUGCGCAGGCCAAGGAGAGGCUGGACAAAAGUGCAUGGUUGGCUACGUUAAUGCAAGUUUAUCAGUAUUUCUAGUGUCGGACUUUGAACAUCGUUCAGAACCAGCAUCAAAUGGAAGCGAGUUCUCUGGCUCACCAUUAAAAUAUUGCAGGUACAGAGACUAUCGUGACCCUCCUCAUGCUCCAGUACCCUAUGGUUACACACUACAGUUCUGGCAUGUCUUAGCAGCACGAUUGGCUUUUAUUAUUGUAUUUGAGCACCUCGUCUUUUGCAUAAAACACCUGAUUUCCUAUUUAAUCCCAGACCUUCCCAAAGAUCUAAGAGAUCGAAUGAGAAGAGAAAAAUAUCUGAUCCAAGAAAUGAUGUAUGAAGCAGAACUGGAGCGUCUCCAGAAAGAAAGGAAAGAGAGAAAGAAAAAUGGAAAAUCGUGCAACAAUGAGUGGCCAUAAGUAGAUAGUAGACUCAUAUCCUGUUUGUUUUUUCCAGCUCUGCAAGAACACUACCUUCAGGAGAAUGAAAAAAAAUGCAACUUCAAUGCAUGCCACAAACAACUGACAUAACAAACAGGGCAGCACAUUUCAAGGUUACUACUGUGGAAUCAUUUUGCAAUCUGCAUAUGAUCACUAUUCAUAAGUCAUUCUAGAUUAAACAAGCAUGUGGGCCCAGUUUUUAAAAUGAAGAAAACUUGUCUACUGAGGACUGUUUUUCAGCCUGUUUGCUACUUUUUUGCAUUAUGUCCCAUGUGACUUUUUCAGAUGUGCAGAUAGUACAUAUGCAUAAAAAUCUGGAUAUGUCAGCCAUGGCUAUAUCAUCUCCUACCAAGAUAUUGCAUACAUCAGACAUCCUGUUUACAUAUAUAUAUAAAUAUACAUAUUCUUUUUUAGGGGACUUGCUAUACCCCAAAUGUAUAGUAUAUAUAAAGUAUAUAGAGAUUGUUUAUUUGUAAAUACCAAAAAUUAAAAUAUACACCUAUGGCAAAGAAUGUCAGAUGUCCGCACUCAAGUACCAUCAACAUAAAGCCAUGUUUAGCACUGAUAUAAUGUAAUAAACUUUAAAAUAAAUUAUGGAUUAA